GAAAUGAUCAUUGGAGGAGUUUUGGACGGAAGCGUGACUCUGUUAUUUUACUUUGUCACAGUCACACAAUGACGCACGCUCCUCCUUGCUUCAUUUUCCUUCCCAACUUCCAUGAACGAAAUUUAAAAUAAAAUUCAGUUGCACCCUCCGUCUCCGCAACUCACACGCCACUUCCCUCAUUUUCAUCUUUCACUCUCUCUGUUUCCCAAUUCGAUCUCUGUUUUAGCUGUGGAAAUUUGAUCUGUUUUGGCAACUGAAGCUGUUCGAUCGAUGCCUAUUUGAAUCUUAAGUUGGAGCGAUAGUUGAAUCGGUUGCGAUCUGGUUCCGGCGAUGGAAGAGUUUCUAUUUUGGUGCUUUGUUUAACUACGUUACUUCGGUGUUCGUGGAGCUUGAAGCUCUGUUUCAACCACCGGCACUUGUUGUUUGAUUUCGAGCAUUGGUUGUGGUGAAAUUCUUAGUACGUGCGUGCUCAAGAGCGAGCUAAGUUUGCAGUGAUCUGAAGACUUAGAAGUAGAAGCUUCGUUCACAAUGCCGGGUUUUAGGGCGAAAAUUAGGGUUGGAAUUUUGAUUAUUAUAGUCGUUGGAAUUUGUCUUUCUGCUUUGUAUGGUUUGUUGAAGCCUAUUUCUAAUGGGUGUAUCAUGACCUACAUGUAUCCAACGUACAUUCCUAUUUCCUCGUCCCAAAGCGUUUCACCAGUGAAGUAUGGCUUGUACUUGUACCACGAGGGAUGGAAAAAGAUAGAUUUUAAGGAGCAUCUCAAGAAGCUCAAUGGUGUGCCCGUGCUUUUUAUCCCAGGCAAUGGUGGUAGCUUCAAACAGGUGCGAUCUUUGGCAGCAGAAUCUGAUAGGGCAUAUCAGAAUGGCCCCCUCGAGCAUGCAUUUUAUCAAGAAGCUUCCCUAAGACCUGAAGAACGGGGUGCAGAUAUAAAUUUAUCUGGUUUCCAAUUACCCAACCAGUAUACCAGCAGGCUAGACUGGUUUGCUGUUGAUCUUGAAGGUGAACAUUCUGCCAUGGAUGGUGCGAUUCUUGAAGAGCACACUGAAUAUGUUGUAUAUGCUAUACACAAGAUUUUGGACCAAUAUAAAGUGUCUUAUGAUGCUCGAACAAGAGAAGGUGCUGCAGUUUCUGGGAGUUUGCCAAAAAAUGUGAUAUUGGUUGGUCACUCGAUGGGUGGUUUUGUUGCUAGAGCUGCUGUUAUUCACCCUCGUCUUAGGAAAUCAGCAGUUGAAACUGUUCUUACACUUUCAACCCCACAUCAAUCACCUCCUGUGGCAUUGCAGCCAUCAUUGGGUCAUUACUUUGCACGUGUAAAUUCAGAAUGGAGGGAAGGAUAUAAGGUUCAGACCACUAACACAGGGCGUUAUGUGUCUGAUCCUGUACUCUCUCAUGUUGUUGUUGUAUCUAUUUCUGGUGCAUACAAUGAUUACCAGGUACGAUCAAAAUUAACAUCACUUGAUAAUAUUGUGCCCCCAACGCAUGGCUUCAUGAUCAGCAGUACAGCCAUGAAAAAUGUGUGGUUGUCAAUGGAACAUCAAGCUAUUUUAUGGUGUAAUCAAUUGGUUAUCCAAGUAUCACACACACUUCUUAGUUUGAUAGAUUCCAGAACAGGCCAACCUUUUCUGGAUACUCAAAAGAGACUUGCCAUUUUUGCAAGAAUGCUGCGGAGUGGAAUAUCACAUAAUUUCAAUGGGAUGAUGCAGUUACCCUCUUCUAAACAGUCAACAAACAUUCCUAUCCAGAAUACAAAAGAUGCCACUGGAUCUCAAGUGCAUAGGCCGAUUGCAUGUCCUUCCAAUAUUCAUUGGAAUGAUGGGGGCCUUGAUAGAGACCUAUACAUUCAGAUAAAUGAGGUGACUGUGUUAGCAAUGGAUGGUCGAAGGCGGUGGCUGGACAUACAAAAAUUGGGGUCAAAUGGAAAAAAUCAUUUUGUGCUUGUGACCAAUCUUGAGCCAUGUUCUGGAAUUAGACUUCAUUUGUGGCCUGAAAAGGGGAAAUCUGCUUCAAAUUUGCCUCUCAAUGAUAGGGUUGUUGAAGUAACAUCAAAGAUGAUGCGCAUUCCCUCAGGUCCAGCGCCCCGACAGCUUGAACCUGGCAGCCAGACUGAGCAAGCUCCUCCAUCUGCUGUAUUUUGGUUGGGUCCUGAAGAUAUGCACGGUUUCAGAUUUCUUACUAUCUCAGUUGCACCUCGUCCGACUGUUUCAGGAAGACCACCACCUGCAGCAUCCAUGGCAGUUGGAAAGUUCUUUAACCCAGGGGAAGGAAAUCAGGAGUUAUCUCCUUGGUUUAUGCUUCAAUCUACCUAUUCUCAGAAGGAUUUGUUGUUGGAAGAAGCUCAUCCUCUGGCUGUCAAAUUAUCAUUUGCCAUCAGUUUGGGUCUUCUUCCUGUUACUUUGUCUUUGAAAACUGUUAGCUGUGGAAUUAGAAACUCUGGACUUCCAGAAGAGGAAGCUGGAGACCUUGAAAGUAGUAGACUCUGCAAAUUGCGCUGUUUUCCACCUGUUGCACUUGCUUGGGAUGAUACAUCUGGUCUUCAUAUAUAUCCAAAUUUGAACAGUGAGACAAUUGUUGUUGAUUCCUCACCAGCACACUGGGGUUCAACUCAGCAAUCUGAAAAAACCGUUGUUCUUUUGCUGGUUGAUCCACAUUGUUCUUAUAAGAGUAGCAUUUCAAUUUCAGUCAGUGCUGCUGCAAGUAGGCUUCUGCUGUUGUAUAGUCCGAAGAUAGUUGGUUUCUCUAUUGCUGUUCUUUUCUUUGCUUUAAUGCGGCAAGCAUAUUCAUGGGAUCUUGAUCUGCGGAUACCAUCAAUGCUCACUGCUGUGGAAUCCAAUUUGACACUAAUAUCACAUUUGUUUCCCCUAGCCAUUCUACCCAUUUUCUUUUCCUUUUUCCUUUCGUUGUUGAUGUCUCAGCCACUUCCUCCAUUUGCUAGCUUCAUUGGCAUCUCUCUAAUUUGUUAUAUAUUCGCAAACGGGUUCAUUGCUAUUCUAAUUUUGAUAUCUCACUUGGUAUUCUUUGUGGCUGCUGUUAUCCAUAUUUUCAUCAAGACAAGGUGGCAAAUGUGGGAACGGAAUGUUUGCUUUAUUUUUCUUCGUUGGUUUGUUAAUAAUUCCUCUAGCUUCUUUUCUCUAAAGGUGGUUCAGGUUCUAAGAGCAAAUCCAGUACUUGUUUUGGCACUCACUGCAAUGGUCUUGUCAAGCUUGGUUCAUCCAUCCUUUGGUCUCCUUAUACUUCUGUUCUAUCACUUCUUCUGCUGUCACAAUGCACUAUGCAGUUUCCUGACGGCAUCUUGUCGCACCCAAGAACAGAAUAAUGAAAAUUUUGAUUGUAACAGUGAAGGCUACAAUGGGUCUGAAAGGCUAAAGUUCAAAUUUGAUGGAAGUUUUAACAGGACUUUCCCUUCAGAAGACAACUCCAACAGUCCAGACUCAUCAAAAAGUUUUGGUGACUCCCAGUUAGAUUUAUUUCACCAUUGCCAUGGCUUAUUGAUAUUGCAUCUUGUUGCAACAAUGAUGUUUGCACCAUCUGUUGUAGCUUGGUUCCAGAGACUGGCAUUGGGGGAGAGCCUCCCAUGGCUCCUGGAUUCAGUGCUAUGUAUUGGCGUCAUUCUUCAUGGCAUCUGCAACUCAAAGCCCGAGUUUAACUCCUCCUUCUUGUCCUUUACUGGGAUCCCCAUCCGCAAUGUUCAGCUAUAUUUUAUCUAUCUCAUUGCUGGAUACUGGUCCUAUUUUUCUGGUCUGACUUUGGCUCCAUACAGAGCGUUUUAUGCUAUGGCUGCUGUGGGGGGCAUUUCCUUUACUUUAAGGAUGAUGCAUAGACGAAACAGAGAAAAGAAAGAGGUUACUUAUAGCAGCCGAAAGCAUUCUCACAGGCAUUGACAAUUUUGAAAACCACUUUUGUAGAACCAGAUAGUAGGAUGCCACGUGUAUGUAUGUGUAAUUGUUUUGACGAUGACGACUAAUGAGUGACAUUUGCCAUCGAGAUGGUGCGCCUAGGUCAUUGCUUUUAGAUAUUUGAUUUCUAGUAAAACCAGCAGGCUUUUCUGGUUUAAUGAGUAUAUGCUGGUAUUCAUGUGAGUGUAAAAACUGUUGUUGUAACAUUUAGAUGGUUAGGAUUAGUUUCCUUUUCCCGUGCCAUUGGCCUUUUUGCUGUUGUAUCAUCGUUGUACGAGGAUAUUCCACAAACACUGCAAUUUUGCCUGAUUGUUUUGGUGAUCUUAAUCUUACGUGAGAUUGAUCUU